AUGAACAAUCAACCAGAAGAACAUAUUUUCAAUGAUGAACGAUUAAAAAAACAAUUACGAACAUCUCAUUCCUCAUCACGAAAAUCUCGUUCUAUAAGUCGAUAUUUUCUUGGUACUAAACGUUCAAGUCUUGAUGUAGCUACACAAGAAGUAGAUAUAUCACGUUGUUUAACAUCAGUUGGCAUAUUUGAUUCAUGUGAUCUUUGGACAAAUGUAACAUUAUUUCAUGAUUAUAGAACAUGUCGACGUUUAUUUAUUUUAACAAAUAAAAAUGAAUUAAUUAUUGGUAAAUCAAAUCCAAAACAAUCAUUAUUUAGAAUCAAACAUCGUAUUAAUAUUAAUCGAUUAUGGUUAUAUACAGAACUUAAUGAUUAUAUUUCAUCAGAAAUAACAUCUUUAACAUAUUAUGAUCAUCAACGAACGUUUAUCAUUGGUUGGCCAUUAGUUGAAAAUUUUCUUGUAGAAUUUGAUACAAAAGAUAUUAAAAAUAUUUGGCAUGAACGUAUUCAAUCAGCUCUGAAUAUUUGGCAGCAAUUGAAUACUUCGAAUAUUGAACAUGUUCGUGUUUUAAUCGAUCAAAAUCAAGAGCCCGAUCAAAAUAAUAAUAAUACUACAACAUUAUUUGUAAUUCGUAAAGUUAUCAGUAUUCGACCACAAGAAACCGUCCGAGAUUUAAUAAAAAAAUGUAUUGAUACGUCACAUCUUCAAGAUUCAUCAAUCGAUAAUUAUGUUUUAUAUGUUUUAAAUGAUGCCAAUACAACAUCAAAUACAAAUAAUAAUAACAAUAAUAAUAAUAAUAUGAACCAAGGAAUGAAUUCAUCUUUACAAUUGAAUCAAACACAACUAAUACCAUUGAUUGGUCAUGAAUAUCCAUAUGCAAUAAAAAUGAAACAUUUAAAAACAUCAAAUAAUACAUCAUUUGAUGGCGAUGAUCAUUUAUCAUUACAAAGUCAUCAUAAUAGUUCAACAAACAGUUUAAAUAAUGUUUCAAUAAAUUCUCAUGAUUUUGAAUUACGUAAACGUGAUACAACAGAUAAUCAAAAUAAAAAACAUCGUUUUUUUAAUAAAAAAAAAUCCAAAGAUAAUUAUUCUAAACCACCAAUACAACAAAUAACUGAUGAUUAUCACCCAUCAUCUACACAAACUCGAAUGAAAUCUUAUCAAUUUUUUGGACAAAAACUUGAAGAUUUAAUAAAACUUAAUAAUAAUCAAUUACCACCAAUUAUUCAACAAUUAUUGGAAAUUCUUUAUUAUAAAGGUCCAGAUACAACCGGAAUUUUUCGUAAAGUUGCAAAUACACGAUCAGUUAAAGAAUCUAUUGAGAAAAUUGAACGAAAUAUUUUAUUACAAAAUGAUGAUUUACAUCCAAUAUUAGCAGCCGGAAUAUUUAAACAUUUUUUACGAACAUUACCUGAACCCGUGUUUAGUACAAUUCAAUAUGAUAGUUGGAAAAAAUGUCUUCGUUUACCAACAUUACAAGAAAAAAUUACGUUUGCAAGACGAAAUAUUAUAAGUACACUUGCGGAAUCAGAUCAUUUAUUAUUGAAAGGUUUUAUAUGUAUACUUUAUCGAAUUUCUCAACAUGCUGAUACGAAUGGAAUGAAUCCAUUUAAUUUGGGUUUAUGUGUAUCAAAUAGUUUAUUUAAAACGGAAUCAACAAGUAUAACAUCUGGUAAACAAGAAGCUGAUGUUAUGUCAUCAAUUGUGGAGUUUUUAAUUGUUAAUUCUUCAUCAUUAUUUGGUUCCGAUGUUAUUACAUGUAUACCCGAUAAACAUAUUAUUGUUCAUCAAAUUCCUAAUUUAACACGACCAACAGCAUCGUCUAUUGAAAGUCUUGAUGAAGUUGAAUCAUCACCUCAUUUACUUGUCGUAAAUCGCUCUCGUGAUUCUGGUUUAGCUACAUCAGAUCAACCAUUGAAUGAUGAUAGUUCAGAAAUAAGUGAACAUUUUCGACGUCUUACACCUUUAUCUCCACCCGAUUGGACAUCAUCAAUUGCAUGUGGUCAUGGAACUGUCAUAACAAGUAUUAUACUUCCAACAACAACAUCAUUAUCUAUAACACGAUGUCGAAAUCUAAAAAAUACAUAUAAACCAUCGAAACAUUUUAUGGCAAGAGAAAAAUUAACAAAUGAUACAACGGAUGAUUCAGAUCGUGAUGUAUUAAAUGGUGAUUCAAGUGUACGAUCAUCAACAACAACCGUUAAUAAUAUGACAACAGCAAAAAUAAAACGAACAAAACCCAUAUCACGUCAUUCAUCUCUAGGUAGUAAUGAACAUCAUAAUCAACAACAACAACAGCAACAGCAACAAAAUCUAACAAAAGAAUCAAAACGUUUAACAACAAAUGAUGUUAAACGUGCAUCAUCACUUAAACAAUUUCACCGUCUAUCCGAUGAAGGUGAUGAUGAUGAUGAACAAAAUAAAAGUUUAAAUACAAAAAUUACUAUAAAAAAGAAAGUAUCAACAAUAAUAAAAAAACAUGAACAAAUAUUACCGUCGACAUCUUCAAUCAAUAGUAAAAAUUUAAAUAAUGAACGACGACCAAGAUUCAUAAAAUCAAAAAAUAAAACUAGUGAUGAUGAAUCGAUGACUACAAGAUCAACACAUCUUGAGCAGCAAGAUUUGGAUUUAACAAGUGAACCAUUAAGCACAAUAAAUCAACGUUUUAAUAAUUCCAUAGCAACACGUUCAGCAUCAUUUUCUUUAGCUUCAUUUAAUAGAAGGUUAAAUUCACCUUCAACUAUUCAAUCAAUACAACCACCUGUAUCUAAUCAUAUCCAUACUCGACAACAACAACAACCACCUACAACAGUCGAUGGUCGUUCUCGACAUAAUGGUCCAUUAAUAGCAACAACAAAUCAAAUAUAUAUGACUUCUCGAUAUGAACAUCACAAUCAAACAAAUUCAAACACACAAAGUAAAAUCGAACGUGAUCGAAUAUUUAUUCAUCAUUCGGAUUCACGACCAUUUAAACUUGGUACAGCAAUACAAAUGAAACCAAUUGAUGAUGUAUUAAUAUCAUCAUCAUCAUCAUCAUCAAUCACUGGACGAUGUCGUCCAUGUCAUAGACAAAAUGCUCUUCGAUAUAAAAUGAUUGAUCAAGAACAACAACAACAACAACAACAUGAAAGACCAUCACGUUCAUCAACACCAGUCAUAAUUAAUCAAAAUCGAAUUUAUGCAAGUGAAAAUUCUUCAUCAUACAUUCCACGUUAUCAAUCAAUUGAAAGACGUAUUUCAUCAACACCACCACUAUCAUCAUCAUCCGAACAACCACCAAUAAAAGGAUUUUCAUUCGAUAUGCAUACAGAACUUCGACCAUGUGAUAUAUCUUGGUCAGUACGUGAAAAAGCAAAAUUAUUUGAACAUACAAAUCAAAAUAAAUUAUCAACAGGUCGUGAAAAUUAUGUGUGA